UAAAACUUUACCUAAACUACCUUUUUCUGGUCCAUAUAAUUGUGCUUCUGCCUUCUUGUUGAUCCUCCUUAAAUAAUGCUCAUCUAGGGUUUACUUUUUCUCCUGAUCCAAAGAAACUAUCAUCAAAGUCUUCAAUGGCUGCACCUUAGCUAUAGUUGUAGCUACCCUUUAAAUUUCAAAGAAUAUAUACACAACCAUCAGGUAUUCAACUCAAAUAGCUUCUGAGAUCUUACACUGCUACUAACAUAUUAGAUACACUAGCUAGGGCAACAAAAGCUGAUCUUCAGUCGGCAGAAAGAUUUUCUAAGCAAACAUUUUGAGGCCGUAAACAACAAGAAGUUUGAGCUUGAAGCUAGAAAAUCCAAGAAUUCAGAAACCAACAUCACAUAAGCAUAUGGCUUCUUCCACCCAUCCUAAUGCUCCAUGUGCAGCCUGCAAGUUCUUAAGAAGAAAAUGCAUCCAAGGAUGUGUUUUCUCUCCAUAUUUCCCACCGGAAGAUCCGACAAAAUUCGCAAAUGUCCACAAAAUAUUUGGGGCGAGCAACGUUAGCAAACUCCUCAAUGAAAUCGCCCCUCAUCAAAGAGAAGAUGCUGUUAACUCUCUAGCAUACGAGGCCGAGGCACGUCUAAAAGACCCCGUUUAUGGCUGUGUUGGUGCAAUUUCUGUACUUCAAAGGCAAGUUCUUCGACUACAAAAGGAACUAGAUGCAACUAAUGCAGAUCUUAUUCGGUUUUCGAGUGAUCAAAACACAUUGAUGAUGCCACAAAGUUCUGGGAACUCUCUACAAAACCCUCAUAUGUUGCCUCCUAAUUAUGGUGCUUAUUCAUGGAAUUAUAACCCUUAAUGGGAAGAAGAGGAGAAGACAAGAUCAUGGUAGGUGAUAUUCUUAAUUAACGCUAUCUCGUGUUGUAUCUUUAAUCCCUUGUUGGAUUCUCUUAGUUACUUUGGUUUUGUAUAAUUUGAAUAAUUGAGUUGCCACUUGCUACCUAUAAUAUUGUCAAUGGUUAUUCUGUGCAUGUCUUUUUGUA